AUGCCGGUUGAGAACCCGCUUCGCAAGUUCAAAAACUUGUUCCCAUUAGUCCGCCUACCGCCAGUGUAUACUCCGCCGCCAGUACCGGCAGACCCAGCGAGAACUCCUAUUCUCUUCAUCUUUCCUCGAAAAAAGCAACACAUCACCUCACUGGAUGUCGAGUGUGUGAAAUAUCAGGCCUUCCUCGCCUUUUCAAAUUAUAACCAUGUUACCCAAGAAUGCCACGAGCCUGAGAUGUCACCGUCAGGGCAGCUACCAUUCCUGGUGACCUCGGAUGGACGUUUACUUACUGGCCGACAGAUCGUUGAGGAAGUGAAGGCAACGGUUGGCGACUUGGAAUCGAGGCUAACGGACGCUGAGAAGAACGAUGUCAAAGCCUUCACGUUCCUUGCCGAAGCAAAGCUUGAUUUCGCCUUGCUCUUCACCAUGUGGUACGAUGGCCAUAUACGGGACGAAUUCACUUUUCCCAUGUACGAGUCACUGUAUCCUUGGCCAUUAAACAAGGUCAUUUCCAGAACCAUCCGGGCACAGAAAACCGACUGGAUGCUUAGCAGACGAGCUGUAUUGAAAAAAGAUGAGAUUUUAGAUGAUGCAAGGAAGGCUCUGACCGCUCUGUCAACUCAACUGGGAAAUCAGUUGUACUUCUUCGGGUCAAAAGCGUCCUUCCUCGAUGCGGUGGUAUUCGCGUACCUGCAUAUUAUCUUAUCCCUAUUAGUAACCUCGUCCGGUGAAGUUGCGCUGCGCCAGGCUGUGUUGAAGCAUGAAAAUUUAGUGCAGGCAGAAGGAAGAUCGUUGGAAAGUCUGAGACUUGGGCACCCACUACUUGUAGAUCCCGUCGCAGUCAUGAAGCAAUACCAGAGAGACUUCAUCGCAUUUGCAAUCAAGCACAAGGUGCUCACCUUUGGGUCUUUUACGCUCAAAUCCGGCCGCACGUCCCCCUACUUCUUUAACGCUGGACUCUUCAACACUGGGGAGGCUUUGGCACAACUCGGCACAUAUUAUGCCGCUGCCCUACAAGACAGCAACCUUCCCUACGACGUCCUGUUUGGUCCCGCAUACAAAGGAAUCCCUCUAGUUUCUUCGCUUGCCGUUGCCCUCUUUAGAGAACAUGGUGUUGAUGCUCCUUACAGCUUUAACAGAAAGGAAAAGAAGGACCAUGGAGAAGGCGGGAGCAUUGUGGGCUCCCCAUUGAGGGGUAAAGUAGUAGUGAUUGAUGAUGUGAUUACGGCUGGUACUGCUAUCAGAGAAAGCUUUACGAUCAUCAAAGGAGAGGGUGCAAAUCUUUCGGGUGUGCUGAUUGCACUGGACCGUCAAGAGAAAGGGACUGGUACAGAUCUCUCCGCCAUUCAACAGGUGGAGAAGGAAUAUGGAGUCCCUGUGGUCUCGAUUGUGAGUUUGGCGCAGGUUGUAGAGUAUCUCGAGGAAGUUGGAGGGCAAGAGCAGGCUAUCCAGGACAUCAAAGUAUAUAGACAACAAUGGGGCAUAUAA